CGGUGUGUGUGUUGGGGGGCUGGGGGGAGAGCCCCCUUCCAGCUGUCGGGAACAUCAGUGACGAGCUGAUCAGUUAACAGUGAGCCCUCCCGCAAACGUCCACGCGGAAUUUGAUCGGCGCGACAGAUCACUCCUCCAUAACCAGCCCCCGGGUUCAAGGUUUGCCCCUCCCGCCCAGCGCCAAUCUGAGAUGGGCAGAAGGAGGGGGCGGGAAGGUUAGUUUGAAGAGGGCAGAGCUCUGCGAGAGGACGCUGCUUUCCCCCGUUAUUUCUCCGCUGGAUUUAAAAAAAAAAAAGAAAGAAAGAGAAAAAUUAUCCAAAUCCAGUGGCCGAUAACAGCUGAGGGAGAAAUCAGUCGGACCAAACGGCAGAACCUCAUUAACUCCAAGGAAAGCCAGGAGAGAGAGAGAGAAGACACACACACACACACAACAGCAGGAACAUCAUCCUCAUUGCUGCUGAUCUCGCACACGUCGCCGGCAGGAUAAUUGCCGGAGACGGUUGCAAAUGGGCUCAGCGGCAAUGUUUCAUUCACAUGCAACAACUGCUGUUUGUGUAGCUACCGCAGUAUAAUUGAUGGUUUAACAGGUCUCCCCUCGCAUGCUGAAGUGGAAAGGAUGCACGGUGAGGGGGAUGCGGGGCUUGCAUGCGACUAGCUCUGGCUCUGCUCAACCGCGACGAUUUCGCCCGGGAAUUAAAGUAACCUGCGCAGAGACUAUGGCUGCACAUUGGAAGCCUCAGUCGGUGGACAUUGGCUUUUGGCUCCUCCUGCUCCUCAGCCUCAUUCCUGAAGUCAGGGCAGUAGUUGGACACAGAGAGCCGUUGCCUGAUGACAGUAAAGACAACAUCACCAUUUUCACCCGAAUCUUAGACAGGCUGUUGGAUGGAUAUGACAACAGGCUCCGUCCCGGGCUGGGAGAGAGCGUAACAGAAGUGAGGACAAACAUCUAUGUAACGAGUUUUGGACCCGUUUCAGACACGGACAUGGAGUACACCAUCGAUGUCUUCUUUCGCCAGAGUUGGAGGGAUGAGAGGCUGAAGUUUGAUGGGCCCAUGCAGGUUUUACCCCUCAACAACCUCCUGGCCAGUAAGAUCUGGACUCCUGAUACCUUUUUCCACAACGGAAAGAAAUCUGUAGCCCACAACAUGACAACUCCUAACAAACUGCUACGACUAGUCGACAACGGCACGCUUCUAUACACAAUGAGGUUGACCAUUCAUGCCGAGUGCCCCAUGCACCUGGAGGAUUUCCCGAUGGAUGCACACGCCUGUCCUCUGAAGUUUGGAAGUUAUGCUUACACGAAUAAUGAGGUGAUCUACCUGUGGACCCAGGGCGACGAGAGGUCUGUCGCUGUGGCAGAGGACGGCUCCAGGCUGAACCAAUAUGACCUACUAGGACAUGUUAUUGGCAAAGAAACCAUCAGUUCCAGCACAGGCGAAUAUGUAGUGAUGACAACAUAUUUCCAUUUGAAAAGGAAAAUUGGCUAUUUUGUGAUUCAAACCUACCUUCCGUGCAUCAUGACUGUCAUACUGUCUCAGGUCUCCUUCUGGCUAAACAGAGAAUCGGUUCCGGCGCGCACAGUAUUCGGUGUCACCACUGUCCUAACCAUGACUACCUUGAGCAUCAGUGCUAGAAACUCCCUUCCUAAAGUGGCCUAUGCCACCGCCAUGGACUGGUUCAUGGCUGUGUGCUAUGCCUUUGUCUUCUCUGCCUUGAUUGAGUUUGCCACAGUCAACUACUUCACCAAGCGCAGCUGGGCAUGGGAUGGGAAAAAAGAGGGCAUGGAAAUAAGGGAACCGUUUCAGGCUAACAUGGCCAGGAUUAAAGAUAUGAGAAGAGAAUCUGCGACUUUGUCCAAAAAGGCGAACAACACCUUCAACAUUGUCGGAACCACCUACGCCAUCAACGUAGCUAAAGAUCAAGGUUUAACGACCAUUUCCAAGAGCGCGGGAACGUCGGCGAAGCAUCCCUAUAUGCCUGACCCCUACAUGGAGGCCAAGAAAUCCUACAACCGCGUCAGCAAAGUGGACAAGAUAUCACGCAUCAUUUUCCCAGUUUUGUUCUUCAUCUUCAACUUAGGUUACUGGGCCACAUAUGUCAACAGAAAGCCCGCUAUCAUGAAGGCAAACAACCUAAACUGAGUCUGACCAAAUGCUAGGCUUGAUUGGGUUUGGUUUCGGUGUGCCAAGUCCAUUACAUCUUUUUUGUGCGUGUGUAUGUGUGUGCGCGCAUGUUUUGUGUGUCUGUUUUUUCUUAGGCAUCUGAUAUUUUGCACGUCCGUAUAGAUGGAAGGCAAAUUUGACCAUACAGUAGAUUCACAUAGAGUAGUGGACCGUGGAGGAAGCACAUUGUCACGUCAGUCUGUGUUUGUGCAGCAUUUCUUUUUAGUUUUGUCCCCUCCACACUUAGCUCUGGCCCUGUUCUCUGUUGUGAGUAACCCGGUGAUCUUUGCUGUACCUUUGAUGGCUUGCUGUUUUGUAGAGUAGUCAAAUUGCAUUUUCACCAAGUUUGGACAUGUUUGCGCUUUUCUUAUGAUAAGUCAGGGCAAGCAUGCGUUCAACGUUCUCGUUGUAGCUCAUUACCAGUAAUAAGGCUCUGUCACGUGCAUUGAGUUGAUGGUAUGCAUGCAGACACGCACACAAACACAUGCAUCAGAAGACACCAAGAGAGCCAUUUGCUGGUCGCUUUACUGUUAUUCUGUUAGCUGGGGGCAGCCUGUGUAGGUCCAUAGAAACAUCGUUAAUAAUCGUCAGUGUCUGACCUUCAGCUUGCGCUGAAGUUCAACAGUCCCAAUACAGUAUUAUCUGGAACUGCUUUCGCGUCUCAUUGGGCUGCCUGUACAUUUUCUAGUUCAGUGGCUCUUUUAGGUUUAACUGGCUAUGUCCUACGACAGAGAAGCUACGUGCCUUGGUAAAUACACACAUCACAAAGCAAAAAAGGCUUUGACAUGCUUACACUUGCAUUUGCACACAUAUAGACGACGGUCUGUGUGUUUACAUUACAUACAAACAUUUACACAAUGGCAUCCAUGCUCUGCAGUGUAGUGCAGUGUGGGCUGUGCAUCACGCACCCAACCGGUGGAGAUGGGUAUAAAGUGUAAAUGUUUCCCAUGAGUGCGGAAGGCUAACAGACCUUUCAGCACUAGUGAAAAGCUGAAGCAAAGAUAUUAAAGGAUAUAUCAUAGUCCGUGUGCCAUUUAUGUUUUGACAUGUUUUGACAUCUCUGUGAGCUGAGCAGUCAUUACAAACUACCGCCAUUACCUCAGACUGAAGUCGAAUUCAAAUUCACACAUUAUUCUAUUUUUUUUCACCAUUCAAAUGCAAAUAACGUGACACGUUUCACACAUUAAAUCAUAGCAGACACUCGCCCUUUAAGUAAACUGUGAGCAGGCACCUUGAAACCUUUUAUUUUGUUUUUGUUUUUUACCCUUCUUUUGUUUCCAUCGGUCACCGUAGCCACACUCAUGCACAAGCGUUUUGAUUCGUGCUGUAUUUUUUGCCCUUUUGUACUUUGUCGUGUAAAGUCGUUUGAUUUGAUUGUCUCCAUAUAUUGUGUUUUGUAGUAAAAGUCGAGUCACAGUCAUGCAGCAUUUCUGAACACAUUUCGGAGACACUGCCAUCGCUGGCGACAGUUGCAUUGCAAAAUUCAUAAUAAUAAAACAACAAAUUGUUCUGAUCGUGCCAAAGAGCCACUAACGAUGGAGCAAUGAUCGCUCGUACAUUGAAUUUGUCUCUGAUUUGUUUAGUGGUGUCUGUAUUUCUGUGACACUCUGUGUUAUGUGUGCUAAGCGUUUAUGCAGGUCUAAAGCCAUUUCUGUUGCUUUUUAUGCUAAGCAAACUGUUAUUCAUCAUGUUAAAUACCUGCUCUGACACCCACUGUACUCGAUACUCUUUCAUACAUUAAGCUUACCAUUUUCAGUGGUAAGCUUAGGACAGUGAGUGAACCGUGUUGUGGCACCUGUAAAGGUUUGUUAAUACAAACCACGUAGAAGUGUUCAGUCAUAGCUUAAUGCAUGAUGAAGUCUGUACACGUUUUUUCGUCUUCGGCCUCAAAUAUUGGUGUUUGUCACUAAGGAAAUAGGGCUUGGUAUCAGUGUGUUGUACUUCAUCCCAGUUACUCAUAACCUCUCAUAACCCAGCAUCUGUAUAAACACACUUAAAUUCCAAUUAUUUGUGCAUAUUAUGCAAUGUUUUUGCUCUACAGCUGGUACAGAGUUUUGGGAGUGUUUUUACCCUUAUUUGGUCACACACGCACAGUUCACACACUGAACUGGCUCUGCAGUCAUCUUAAUUAAUCAACACCAAUAUAGAAGAAAAUUUUGUUCCGUGAUUGAAAGAAUUAAGUUAAAUACAUCAAACAAGUUGCGGAUUUAGCAUAACAUGAUGAAAACAAGCUAUUCUUAUUAAAUAUAUAUAUUAUAUAUUAUGGUUACAAUUUAAUACAAGACCUUAUAUUUAUAAAAAAUGCUCAAUAUCAAAUGAAGAACAAAUAAGAUAUUUACUUUUUUAUUAUUAUAAAAUGUGAUCAGUGGCUAUUUGUAGAGCUCUGACUCUUUUAGCCAUCACAGUAAAUCCCAAGCAGUAAUUUCAAGCCAUAUGUAUGUGGACAUACACAAAGUGAGACCCUAUGUCCCACUUCCACUUGCAGCUAAAUUGCAACAGCGUGUGCAUCUCUUUGUAAACCUUACACAGGCAUUGGAAACACAGCAGCUAUAAUGGCAAAAUAAAGCGCGAUACUAACCUCUGCACUGAAAUCGAGGAAUAGAAAUUCAUUUCAUUUCAUCGGACAAAUUAAAUGUAUAACAAACAGGGUGAAGCAUGUCGCUGUGUCUUAAUGAUACGUAUUACCUCUGAAUAUUUCUGAACACCACACGUCAUCCCGGCGCAGUAUAGCUUUUUUUAAUCCGAUACAUUUCAUUGAUUUAUACAAUUUUCUAUUAAAACACCCUGUUUCCUCUUCUUUUUCUUCCUUUUUUUUAGGAUUUAGUCGCAAACAAAAUGAUCCAUUAUACACAUCCACUGAGGGUUUAUAAACCCUGCUGGCUGCUGCUAAAUGUGGAGCUGAUGACACACAGCAUUAAUGUUUGUGUAUGACUCUUCUGGGUAGUGGGAUAAAUGUACUGUAGGUACGUACUUCUAAGCAGAAACAGUCAUUUCUGAGGGACACAGUCGCUUUACUUAUAAAUAUCCCUGAUAUGCCCAAAGGCCCUUGUCAUGUCAGGAUCUGGUAUAAUGUGAUAACCAAAGAUCAAUUUGCAUUGUAAUUUCAUGUGUGCUACAGCAUUCAUAAACUUAUGUCUAACCCCAUUUACAACAUAAAAUAAGUGUGACUGCCAAGCUGUACUGACUAUACUGAACAAGUUAAAUAUUUACAGAAUAACGUACUUCUCUACACUUCAUCAAUUAUCAGGUUUUUUUUAAAUCCAAAUAUGUUGUGUGUUUGUGAUUAGCAAACAAGGGUAAAACACUUCCAGAGCUAUAAGACCACAACCACUUCACUCUGCCGCUAAACUACAGCGUAACAUUGUUGUCCAGUCUGCUUGGAAAGGCCAUACCAGCCAGCACAUGUCAUAGUGCAGAAAUAAGAAUCUGAGCAGUUUUUAAAACUAGAAAUUGUAAGAAAAAACUGUGUUUUGAAGAGUAUGCAUGUACACCUGUGGUAAUUGUUUUAUUUCUUUUUGAUUGAUUGUUUGAUUUGAACAUUCCUGGGAUGAUUUCGAUGAGCAGGACUCCACUGUACUGUUGCCAUUUAGGCUCGGCUACGAUUGUGUUAGUCGCGUGGUAACUCCUUUUCUCACAGGGCCAGAGUUAACUUCAGCAGAAACAUGUCAUCCAUAUGAGAUAGAGUAUAUUAAGACUAUAUUACUAUAUUAAUAUAUUUAUGCUAUUCAGUACAGCAUUAAAUAUUCUAUGUUUUAUACGACGUAACCUCAACAGCAUUUAUGCAAAACUCCUGAUGCGUAGAAAGCUGUAGAUAAAAUAGGCAAACUAAACAAAUGAUUCAACUAAAUGGCAACAAUUCUAAUUGCGCAGAAUAAUUGCUCAGAAUAGUGCUACUAAGUUGUGAAUUUGUAGAUAUUGUGAAAUUAAUUCCGAUAGUUUUUGUGAAUAUUGAUAUGUCAUGUCAUUUAUUUUUACAUUUGAUAAGUACUGCUGUCUUACAUUGAGCUCUGUAACACUACGUGUUAUGGUAUUAUAAAGAUGUACAGUAGAGAUAAUACUCAUCGAGCUAUUUAAACGAUCCGUACCUUGUGUGCACUUUUCAAACCUAACUGUGAAUAAGCAGCUGUCUGCAAGCAGUCGUACACACUGUGUUCUCUCUCCAGCAAUUUCAUUGCAUGUCCCUACGCAUUGAGAGAUCAAAGACUUCCUCUACAAAGACAGCGCCGGGAACUUUGUGGACUUUGUGUUUUCGUUAGGAAGUGGUCUCUAUAUGCUCAGUGACUGGACUCUGUGUGUUGCCCUCUGUCAUUCAUGUGCUUACUGUAUGGGAUAUAGCAAAUGGAAAUGAGGAUUAAAAGGACCAUUAAUUUUGUCUCGGAGUUAUAAGGCCCUUCUUGGUGACAUCCGAGCCUGAAAGGUGCACGCUUUCAACACACUGGACUCACCUGAUGCUCCUUUAGAGGCUCAUUUGACGACUAUUGUUGUUUAACCCUUUGUGUGAUUGUCUGUGCUGUGCAUGCGGGUCCUUUUUGUUUGUGAUUCAUUAGGGGAAAAUUCAGUUACAGCCUGAAGACAUCCUACAGCGAACGAACAUAUUGCACACAUUCAAGUCAAAGCACAGCCACCUAAAAUUUAUUAUGAUAUUUCACAACAUUUAUAGCCACUGUAGACACACAAAUCAGACAAAACAGCAAGGGCACAGCAUCUGGCUUAAAGUGUAUACUGAUGAUUUUAAUAUAUGUCAUGAUAAAUAGUGUAUAUUUAAUGUUGUACCUCAUUUAUAUGGUUAUUUAACAUGUGCUGCCUGCUAUUAAUGAAUUGUCCAAAUUAGCUUCUAAACUGACAGAUGCAGUGUUAUUCCCGUACAUUUUAAUGGUCAGGAUUUAUGAAAUUACAGUUUUCUAUUACACACACACACAAAAAAAUGUUGGUAGAUGUACACAUGCUGGAGGUUACCUGUAAAACUUGAUUUAAUGCUGCACAUUGGCCAGAAGGCACAUGAGCCAGACAUUACAUUACAGACAUUACGUUACAAAGAGAAAAAAAACGCAACCCUCGAGAGCCUUUCACUAUGAGUAAACUGCCAAAAACCGCCAGACAGCUUUUAGAGGGGAGGGAAGCAUCAGUGUUACAAAGAGUAACUGCAACUGAAGUGACAGCAGAGAAUUAAAAAGGAAGUAAAAUCUGCACAGCGCAAGAGUUUUGAUGAACUUUGAACAUUUGAUGAACACUAGCUUGUGUUUUUGACAAAAGCAGCUGUGCUGUUGUCCACAGACUUUGAAGGUUGUUGCUGUCUGGCUGGAGUCCAGUUCUGACUGCCCUGUAGGUGCCUUCAACUGCACGGGAACGGCGUUAUGUGUAAAACUACAACCUUUAAAUUUAGCUACAACCGCACGCCUGAGAAAAUUAGCCCCCCCCCCCGCCACGACAUAGACACAAAAGGUUGUUUUCAUGCUUGUGCAAUGAUAAAUGAAGAUAUUGUGCGCGCUAUCUCUUAGACCGUAAAGUGCUUUGUUUGUCUUUGUUUUAUUGUCUGCGCGCCUGUUUUGUUCAUCUCCCAGAGCUCAAACAUGGAAAAAGGCUUUGAGUACAGCAACACUAAAGACCUGUUCACACUCAAUCGAGUGAACACCAUCUUCCACUGGGAUAACCACUCCGUUUGCGCACUGUUCAGGCUAAAAUGAGAGUCCCGACACACAUCUCAGAACAACGUGAUAACACACAAAUGUUUUGUGAACCCAGUGGAAUUAGCAGGACACUGAGUAAAGCGUCAAAGAUAAGUUUUAUUUUCACUUAACCAGUGACCUGACAUCACACAAAGGAUGCUUUUCUUUCAGUAAGAUGCCAAGUUGCAUAGAUCAGUAAAUUUAUUGUAUAAUUUAUGCAAACUGGAGACCAGUUACUAUGGUAAGCCAGUAGAUGAUAAUACCUAACAUGCUAAUAGGGCUAAUGCGCUUCUUUUUGUGACGUGAAGUUCGUUUGAUGAAGAAUGGAGCUCACUGAUGUAAAAAGAGAAGAAAGGAAAAAAAAUGGGUUGCUGUCGUAAAGGACGCUCAUCUUUAAUUACUUGUGAAGCAAAGCUGUUAAGCAUAAGCUCUUUUAUUUUAACCUUUCACCUUUCUAUUACACAGGGUUUGUGUGGGGCUGCUGACAAGCUGUCUCCAUCCUUUUGUCCAGGAAUCGCUGUUCUUUACAGUAAAUAAAGUUAAAGUGCUUUCAUG